AUGUGUUUUUCAAAGAAAUCGGGAUUACUCCAACUAAUAAUCAUAUCAUUGAGCGUAUUGAGAUUUUCUACCGGUUUUACGAUAAAUCAUAUAAAUGGUACAGUUGAACAAAUAGAUAAUAAUACACUAUAUCAAAUAUUGUCAGUUCAACGACAUGUUGUUGUUUAUUUCUAUGAUCAUGGUCAUCAGCAAGAAUCAAUUUAUAAAUUAUUUAAUGAAACAUCUCAUAAAGUAGAUGAAACUAUGCUACCAAUUUCAGUAGUUACUGUAUGUGCAACCUUUUACGAUGAGAUUGAAAAGAAGUUGAAUAUUUACAUACCAUCAGUUACAUAUUUUCGUGAUGGUGGAAAAUAUAAAUCCGAAUAUAAAGAAUUAAUGAAAAUCAAUGGAAAUCAUGGCAAUCCAAUAUAUGAAUGGAUAAGACGAAAAAUUGGUUCACCAAUAAAAUUAUUAAGAAGUAUUAAUGAAACCAAUGAAUUUAUUAUGAUCAAUAAUCUAGUUGCUAUCAUAUUUAUGAAAGAUUUAGAUGAAAAAAUAAUGAUGAAUAUUAGUACAGUUGCUGAACAAGCUGAUCAUAUAGUAUAUGGCUUAGUUUAUAAUGAAACAAUUUUCGAUCGUUUCAACAUAACAAACCAAAGUUUAUUGUUAAUUAGAAAAGAGUCUGAAGAGACUGAGCCAUUUCGUUUAAUUUAUUCAGAUGAUUGGAAUAUUGAAUCAUUAGGUUCUUAUUUAUUUAUUGAAUCUUUACCAAUUGUUAAUGAAUUCCAAUUUGGUGAACUAACUUACUUUGAUAGUGCUACAAUCAAAUAUGAUACAUAUUUAUUUCUGAUACAGUCUGAUUUUGAAUUUUCAUUAGCAUUAGAUAAUUAUCGAAAUGCUUGUAAACUAUUUAGAAAAGAGAUACGUUGCUAUUUUGUUGAUAUGGAAAAUGAAAUUAACUUGAAAUUUAGUCAGCAACACGGUGUUCAUGUUGGUUAUGGUUAUCCACGAUUUCAAUUAGUAGCUACUUCCAAAGAGAGAUCACGAAUUCGUUAUCGUCUGAAAGGACCUAAAUUUGAAUUUGGACGGAAAGGAUUUAAUAAUCGUGAUCUGUUGAAUAUGAUCGAAUCGCAAGAAAUUAUCAACUUUUUUAACCAACUCCUACAGCGUAAAUUAUCACCUUACUAUAUAAGUGAAGUUGUGCCAGAGUAUGAUGAAAACGUCAGUGAUGAUUAUGAAAAUAUGGGACAUAUUCCCUUGUCUUGUAUGACUAAAACACCACCGAUGAAAUUAAAAUUUAUACAUAAAGUUGUUGGGGCAACAUUCAAAACAUUAGUAAAGAAUCCUGACUGGACAUCUGUUGUUUAUUUUACAGCCAAAUGGUGUAUGGGAUGUAAUCGAACAAUUCAUGAAGAAUUUACAAAAUUAUCACAAUAUUAUCAAGAACUUCAUCGAACCGAUUUAUUAUUUGGUUAUUCAUAUUAUGAUUUAAAUGAUUAUGAAGAAUUAACAGCUACUAAAAUGCCUCGAAUUAAAAUAUUUCCUAAACAAUCAAAUGAACAAAUCGAUUAUGAAGGUAAAGAACAUUUUGAUAAUAUAAAAGAAUUCAUUGAAACUGUUGAGCGUACAGUCAAAUAAUGCAGUCAAUUCUUCGUGAUCUUGUUAUGCAUGCUGAAAUAAACAGUUGUACAACCGAAAAUUAUCUUCAAUCACAGAAACGUUCUGAAUACAAUUUAGAAAAUUGACUUCAUUUAAAACGUUAUGCAUACAUUACAUUUCUUUGUACAAGAAAGAAUAUUUUUUUGAAAAAAUUCUCAUGUCAUCUUUAUUUGAUAAUGAUUAUGUUAAUCUCAUACUUCCU